AACAAAUCCCGCGACGCGACAAAGCAACCGGCACCAGCUACAAGCCGCUCGACUGUACGGGCCAAGCUCCUCUCCUCUGCUGAUCAUGGCAAGCAGUAUCGACAAGCUCAUUGGUCUCCUUAUGCUCUUUGUCGCUACCUUUGUUUUCGUCUACUACACGGCGUGGGUGAUGCUCAUGCCGUUUGUAGAUCAAGGGCAUCCGCUGCAUGAGCUCUUCCCGGCGCGCGAAUGGGCAAUCCGCAUUCCUGUUAUCCUUCUCAUUCUCGGUGGAACGUUGGUCGGUAGCUUUCUUGGCAUGGUCAUGGUCAGGUCGAGUCAGAAGAAGGCGGCAAAGAAGAGCAAGUGAUGAGCAUCACUCGAGACAGGCGACAGGCAUAGUUCAGUCAGAGAUCACGCGCUUGUUGUGAGCAUCGAUGCGUGACAAUACGGAGGAUACACUAGUACUGGUCGCUUCAUUUCCUUUCACUGUAGAAAGCAUUACGCGUACUGAUGCUACCAAUUGAAAAGACUGCUCUCCUACGUUCUCGCCUUGCUUCAUUCAU